CGAGGGUUAACAUGACAUUUUCCAAAAUUUCGUACGUUACGCAGGGAAAUUGACGAAGAAGUGCACCACCACAUACCUCUUCGUCGCAAAACCAGCUGAAAUACCUUCCUAAAUCUAAAAUCUUCAAUCAGAUCUGAAUCCUUCGAUUCCCGCGCUUAAUUUCAUUCGAACUCACUCACACACUUACGAAUUCAGAUAAUCUUGCGUUGUUAAAUGUUAAAACGACCGGAUACAUACACAAAAAAACCGUGAUCACAAAACCUUUGAUUUCUUCAUUUGUCGCAGAUCCGGAAUCAUCAAUGGAGGUUCCGCAGGGUGGAUUGGAGAGAGAAAAAUCGACUUCAUCUUCUGCUUCUCCUGUUUCUGUUGUCGCCAAUUUCUGGAAAGAAUUUGAUUUGGAGAAGGAAAAGAGUUUAUUGGAUGAGCAAGGGCUUCGAAUUGCUGAAAACCAGGAGAAUAGCCAGAAGAAUCGGCGUAAACUUGCUGAGAGCACUCGAGGCUUCAAGAAAGCUUCAGCUGAGGAAAAGUUGAAUUUGUUCAAUUCAUUGCUUAAGGGUUAUCAGGAAGAAGUUGACAACCUUACUAAGCGUGCGAAAUUUGGAGAAAAUGCAUUUCUUAAUAUCUACCAGAAACUUUACGAGGCUCCAGAUCCUUUUCCAGCUCUUGCAUCAAUUGCUGACCAAGAUGUAAAAGUUUCUGAACUGGAGUCUGAGAACAGAAAAAUGAAAGUUGAACUUGAGGAAUUUAGGGCUGAAGCGGCACAUUUAAAAAAUCAACAGGCAACAAUAAGGAGACUUGAAGAACGCAAUCGUCAAUUAGAGCAGCAGAUGGAAGAAAAGGUUAAAGAGAUAGUGGAAAUGAAGCAGCGCAGUUUGGCAGAAGAGAACCAGAAGACUAUGGAAGUCCUGAAAGAACGAGAGCAGUCACUACAAGACCAAUUGCGGCAAGCUAAAGAAAGUGUUACAACUAUGCAGAAGUUGCAUGAACUUGCCCAAAGCCAGUUGUUUGAGCUUCGUGCUCAAUCAGAGGAGGAGACAGCUACUAAGCAGUCAGAACUUAGUCUUUUGAUGGACGAAGUUGAACGUGCUCAAAGCCGACUUCUAAGUCUUGAGAGAGAGAAGGGACAUCUACGUUCUCAGUUACAGUCUGCAAAUGAAGAAAGCGGAAAUAAGAAAAGUGAUUCUGAGGAUCCAAAUAGCGUUCUUGAGAACUCUUUGAGUGCAAAGGAGAAGAUUGUAUCCGAUUUAAAUAUGGAACUUCAUAAAGUUGAGACCACAUUAUCAAAUGAGAGGGAACUGCAUAUUAGUGAAAUCAAGAAAUUGAAUGCACUUCUCCAUGAAAAGGAGACUUCCCUUGAGGAGCUGAAGAAAGAGCUUCAGACUAGACCAACUGCUAAAUUGGUUGACGAUUUGCGUAAAAAAGUCAAAAUUUUGCAGGCAGUUGGUUACAAUUCUAUUGAGGCUGAAGAUUGGGAAAUAGCCACGAGUGGGGAAGAGAUGAGCAAAUUGGAAUCUUUGUUGCUUGACAAGAACAGAAAGAUGGAACACGAAUUCACUCAGUUGAAGGUUAAACUGUCUGAGAAAACAUCAGUUCUUGAAGUUGCCGAAGCAAAGGUGUCAGAACUUAAUGCUGAGGUUGAUGAACAGAAAAAAUUAAUUCAGAAGCUUGAGGAUGAUAUACUGAAGGGAUAUGGCUCCAAAGAGCGGAGAAGCUCCUUGUUUAAUGACUGGGAUCUAUCAGAGUCUGUUUCAGCUGAGACAUCUGAGAGUUCAGAACAGAAGCAUACUUCUGUUGAUCAGGACCAGAGUUCAAUGCUUAAGGUGAUUUGUAAUCAGAGGGAUAGAUUCCGUGCACGACUUCGUGAGACUGAAGAAGAAUCAAGGCAGUUGAAGGACAAGAACCGUAAACUGACAGAGGAAUUGGAGAAAACAAAGGCAGACAAUGUAAAACUUUAUGGAAAGAUCCGAUAUGUCCAAGACUAUAAUCACGAGAAAGUGAUAUCUAGAGGGUCUAAGAAGGGUUCGGAUGAUCUAGAAAGUGGCAUGAGCUCUGACGUCGAGUCCAAGUAUAAAAAGAUUUAUGAAGAGGAUAUUAAUCCAUUUGCUGCUUUCUCAAAAAAGGAGCGGGAUCAAAGGUAUAAGGAUUUGGGUCUCAGGGACAAAAUAACUCUUACCAGUGGGCGUUUUCUUCUCGGCAACAAAUAUGCUCGGACCUUCGCAUUCUUCUACACAAUUGGGUUACAUAUCCUAGUAUUUACUUGCCUAUACAGGAUGUCUGCUCUGAGUCAUCUGAGUCAUGGCGCUGAAGAAGUGGCUGUGGAAGCCAUUUUGCCUCACGCUCUUUAAAGGUUGAUCUUGUGUGUUAAGUUUAGACCACCUUAGUGUUGAACUGUUGAUGUUGAACAAUCAUAUAUUGAAGAACAGAAUCAUGAAAUUUUUUAGUGUAUAUAUGAUUACAAAUGUACAACACCGAUGAUUAAAUUUGUUCAUUGCCUGAUUUUCGGAAUUUGCA